AUGGGUUUAUCCAGAGUGAAGCUGAGAAGCAAACGGGAGCGGGUUGAGGACCUGUUUGAAUACGAGGGCUGCAAAGUUGGUCGAGGCACUUAUGGACAUGUCUACAAGGCGAAGAGGAAAGAUGGGAAGGACAAUAAAGACUAUGCUUUAAAACAAAUAGAAAGAACUGGAAUCUCUAGGUCAGCAUGCAGAGAGAUAACAUUACUCCGAGAGCUUAAGCACCCAAACGUCAUCUCUCUUCAGAAGGUGUUUCUGUCUCAUGCUGAUCGGAAAGUAUGGCUUCUCUUUGACUAUGCUGAACAUGACCUCUGGCAUAUCAUUAAGUUUCACAGAGCUUCAAAAGCCAACAAGAAGCCAGUUCAGUUACCUCGGGGAAUGCUGAAGUCGCUGUUGUACCAGAUCCUAGAUGGGAUUCAUUAUCCUCAUGCCAACUAGGUGGUACACAGGGAUUUGAAACCUGCUAAUAUUUUAGUUAUGGGUGAAGGUCCUGAGCGAGGAAGAGUAAAAAUUGCUGACAUGGGCUUUGCCCGAUUAUUUAAUUCACCUUUGAAGCCUUUAGCAGAUUUGGAUCCAGUGGUUGUAACAUUCUGGUACCGAGCUCCAGAAUUACUCCUUGGAGCACGACAUUAUACCAAAGCAAUUGAACUACUAACGUCAGAACCAAUGUUUCAGUGUCCACAAGAGGACAUCAAAACUAGUAAUCCUUAUCACCAUGACAAGCUGGACAGAAUAUUCAACGUAAUGGGAUUCCCUGCAGAUAAAGAUUGGGAAGAUAUAAAAAAGAUGCCCGAACCUUCAACAUUAAUGAAAGAUUUCAGAAGAAAUACGUACACCAACUGCAGCCUUAUCAAGUAUAUGGAAAAGCAUAAAGUUAAACCUGAUAGUAAAGCAUUCCACUUGCUUCAGAAGUUGCUCACUAUGGAUCCAAUAAAGCAAAUUAGCUCAGAGCAGGCCAUGCAGGACCCCUACUUCCAGGAAGACCCACUUCCCACAUCAGAUGUUUUUGCCGGUUGUCAGAUCCCUUACCCCAAAUGAGAAUUUUUAACAGAAGAACACAAUGACAAAGGAGACAAGCAGCAGCAGCAGCAGCAGGGCUAUAACCACACUAAAGGAACUGGCCAUCCAGAGAACCAGGACAGUGGCCACACACAGAGGCCACGCUUGAAAAAAGUGAGAGUUGUCUCUCCUACCACUACCUCAGGUGGACUCAUCAUGACCUCUGACUAUCAGCGUUCCAAUCCACAUGCUGCUUAUCCCAACCCUGGACCAAGCACAUCACAGCCCCAGAGCAGCAUGGGAUACUCAGCUACCUCCCAGCAGCCUCCACAGUACUCACAUCAGACACAUGGGUACCGAGCCCUGCUGGAGUCUGGGCGCACAGGGCUGUGCCGCACAUCUGAUGGAAAGAAGAUGACUUCCCAUGCCAGAAUUAAGCUGAAACUUUCCCACAGUGAAUGGAAAGUUAAUAGUCCUGCUCUCUAUUUUGUGUGUUUAGUGCAGAGUCUGCCGGAGCAGCCCAGCCAAGCCUGGGACUCUUCACCUUCCUCCCUCAGCCUUCAGAUUGCUCUUCUUCUAAGUUUACCACACCGCCCCAGCUCAAGGCAGGGUGCUGGGAAGACAGCAAAGGAGGGUGAAGAAGAGAAGGGGAAAGGGAGGAAGAAAGAGAGAAAAGGGAAUGUGGAGAGGGAGCCAAUGGGAAGAGUCAGGCUUCCAGCUAGAUUGAAUUUACCACACCAAACAUCCUGGGAACCCUUUGGGAGUAGAGACUAUUCAUGGCUAGUUUCUGGAACAGAAGCAUCUGACCCUGAAACUUUGGUAUUUAGCUCCACUACCACUAUGCCUUCAUUCCAAGUCCUCUCAUUCCUCAAUGUUCUAAUUGGUGUGAAAGGAAAGGCAGAUGACAUUAAUGUCCACUAUGUGACAGAUACUUUCUUACAUGCUAGCUACUAUGUCCUCAUAAUGCAUGUGCAAGCAGGGCCUCCAGACCACCAUCAGCAACAGUGUCUCGAGAGAAGGGAAGAAAGGUACAAAAAGGACAUAGCGCCAGAGAGAUAUGGCACAGACUCUCAGUUAUCUGGACUUAUUCCUGGGCACAGGGGAGACCUCCCUUGGCCCAGCCACAAGUGCCUGACCAAGUUCCUGACUCCUAUGCAGGGGAAGAGUCAGGAGCAGGGCACAGCAGUUCUCAUUCUCAUGCUUCCUGUGCUCCUCUCCACACCCCUGCACGGGAAGAUGUAUCCCCAUUUCACAGGUGUCAAGGCUCUGCCUUACAGCAGUAAAGGAGACAUGGAUUGUUCCAUCAUGGAGCUCCGGGAGUAA